UGCAACAUGGCAGAUUCGGAGGCAGAAACGGCAAGUCAGCCGUCAACCUCACCAAUCUCUUCAUUGCCUGGUGUUGAAGGAGGCGAGGUGCACAGCCAAACAGUAGCCAUUGAACCGCACAAUGCUCAGCAGACACUGUCGCCAGCUGCAUCGAAACACCUACGAAACCCUGCCACGUCUUCCUCACUUCCUGAUAUCAACACCAUACUUAAACGUAAUGCCGAUAUCACGCCCAAGAAAUACGGCACAGGGACUGGUGUAUCCAAAAUGUUCCCUGCGCCAUCGGCUGCCAGACGUAAAGCCUCCAGGAAGACCAACGAUGAAAAUGCACCAGUCCCAAAGCCGCAACCAUCGUCUACUCGGUUCGACAUCGAAAAUAAUGGCGGGUCCUCAGAGCAGGAGACACUCGACAUUAACAACACGCCAGUAAGUGAGGUGAUCACAGCCAGACAGAUCGUCACGAAUGGUACUGGGAAUGGCAAAAUCGAUCCUGCUGGCUUCGCACCGGUCGGUACUGUUACUGCUCUCAACGACGCCGAGACUGCAGCCGAUGCAAGAGCCGUCAUCUACGCAUCGGUCCUGGAUGAGGAGAUGGUAGAUCCGUGCGAACUUGAGGCCAAAAGUGGCCCUCAUUUUCAUAUAGAAGCUAUUGUCGGUCACCGCUGCGUCCAAGGCAUCGGCAUCGAGGUUUUGGCCAAAUGGGGACAGGAUCACCACCUUCCCAACUCAUGGGAGCCCGAGGCUAUCAUACACGCCGAUGCCAGGGACCUUCUCCUAGAUUACUGGGAUACAAUCCCUGGAGGCCGCCUCCAGGAGCUACGCGGCACUGGCCAUGAGAACGAUGUUUUUGCCCUACACCGCUAUGACGCAAGACCGAACGACGCCUGUGAGGGCUCCGCGCCUAAGAGCAAAAAGAUCAAGUUGAUGCCGAAUAAGUUAAAAUCAGCAAAGCCUCCCAAAGCGGUGCUACUCGUUGAAGUGGAGUACUGUGGCUACCGGGGAACAACAUGGGUACCUGAUAAGUUGCUUAGGGAAGAUCUCCCCGUCUUGAUGAGCAAGUACUGGGCUCUGGCUGGAGGCCGUCCUGUCGGCUUUUAG